GCCACUCGUGGAGCUCUGGUCUCACUCCUGCUGGAGCUCACACCGAGACUCGAAGAUUUUCACUUUCGCCUGCCUGACACGGAUAGGGGUUUGGAUAUCCACCUUCGACCCAUUCAUCCCCUUGAGCUGCCACCGCCAGAUGAUUGGCUGUCCUCUCGAUGGUUACUAUCCCGUCGGAUUCGAAACUUCCCUACGAGUCGCUCAAGAGGCUGGUCUUCAGCUGCUGGGAAACUGAUACCACACUUGACCGAGUUGCGCCCAUCCUAAAGCUGGCAUCUAAUCUGAAAAUCUUACACUGCCACUCUUACACUCAGACCAGCGAUCUUUUCAGCGCCUAUCUAGGCCGUGAAACCCCGGCCGCACCGCCUCCACUAUGGCAUCUCACCGAAUUAGUCCUUGUGGAUUCCCACAUGGCGGCUAGUUCGUUGAGAAAUCUCCUGAACGCAGUAGGGCCUAACCUGUCCAAGGUCAGAAUCCGACGAUGUGCGGACCCGCACACUGUCUUCAGUCCAGAUGAGGUGGUCAAGGUCGGUGACGUCGUUACCGUGCUUCGCCCGUGGAGCCACGUGCUCAGAGAGUUAAGGUUUUCCGUGUUCUGCGAGAAUGGUGACGAGUACGCAGUGGUUCUCUCAACCACCUUGCGAAACGUGUCGUCAUUGCGAGAUUUCAGCGCGCUUGAAGUCUUAGUGACAAGGGCGGAAUACUUCGGCUUCUAUGGAAGAGAAGUGCGAGACGAAGAGGAUGCGUUGGUAUCGAGCCUUCCGCCUUCCCUGCGGUACCUUAGGCUUUACGCCAACGCCAACUCGCUCAACUUUCUCCCCUCUGCGCUAUGGGACUUGUCCGAGGCUUCGAAGAGAGGCCAGUUCAAACAUCUUGACCCCAUUGAGAUUGGUUAUGUAGGCGUUGACGAACUCGCGGAUGAGCCGGGGUCAGAAGCGGAAAUUUUCUAUGAUCUCAACGGAGUGUGGUGGGGCCUCGAUUCUUGGACAUUCAGUGUCAAUCGCUAUUCAUUUUGGGAAGAUUGGCAUUAUUCGAUAUUUAUGUAACUGAUUUCUUUCAAUCCCCUUCUUCUAGUGCGUCGUACAAACUGCACAGUGCAAGCUGAUAGCAUACUAGUCCUCUACAAUGUUCAACCUGAAGUUUUGGUUCAUACAAAGUUCCGCUGCGCCUGCUUACAAUGACGCGUACAUGUAGUUCUGUGGCUGUGUUUUGGCCCCUUAUAUCCUGUUAGAGGUUCUUGUUGUUUUAUACCUGCUUGGCGUAGUGGAGAGAGCGCCCCUUUUAGCCCCCAAAAUCACAGCAUUGUCAGCAACCAGAUUAGCCUGGGCACAAAGAGGAUUC